AUGGCGCUUCUCUGCUCAUCUUCAACGGUUAUACUCCCUUCUUCUUCGGUGAAACCCUCCGGAAGUGACCGAAGGUCUCCGUUUUUAGGCCUCUCUCUAACGGCUAUCUCGAAUCCGUCUGUACGAGUCGGCAUUAAUGGGAACGCGAAAAGGGGAUUGCAGGUGAAGUGCGAAGCGGAGCAGGCGACUACUUCCCUUGUCCCGGCCAAUCAGCGAUGGAUGUUCGACGAAGAAGAAGCAAAUGGCCCUGACAUUUGGAACACCACAUGGUAUCCGAAAGCUUCGGACCAUGUGAACACGGACAAGCCUUGGUUUGUGGUCGAUGCGACUGACAAAAUCCUUGGUAGAUUGGCAUCGACAAUUGCUAAUCACAUCCGUGGGAAGAACCUUGCCUCAUACACUCCCAGUGUCGACAUGGGAGCCUUUGUGAUUGUGGUGAACGCUGAGAAAGUUGCAGUAUCUGGAAAGAAGAGGAACCAGAAGCUGUACCGGAGGCAUUCAGGACGACCUGGUGGUAUGACAGUAGAAACAUUCGAUCAGUUGCAGCAGAGAAUCCCAGAAAGAAUCAUUGAGCAUGCUGUUCGUGGAAUGCUUCCAAAGGGACGGCUUGGGAGAGCUCUAUUCAACCACCUAAAGGUGUACAAAGGCCCGGAGCAUCCCCACGAGGCGCAGAAGCCGCUUGACCUGCCUAUCAGGGACAAGAGAAUACAGCUGCAAAAAUAG